AUGAGUGAAUGAUUUUCUUACGGAAUUCACUACGGUGUCGUUUCAGCUCUUGGUAAGAACUCCGGCGACAUGGCGAAGAAACGAGAUCACCGAUCAGCCCCGAGCUCCGGCCACCGGGAAAACCGAUUCCAGCCACCUUCACGGCGAAACCAACGGACUGACUCAACAGCUUCCAGUCGCAGCAAGCUCAUUGCUCUCUUCAUCGUGUCGUCAGUCAUCGCCAUCGUCGCUUACUGGUUGAGACAAUCUUCGCCUUCGCAAUCGAAACACAAGGAAUCUUAUGUGUAUCAACGAGGCCUUGUCACAACCGAUGCCAAUUACCAAGACAUAGUCACUGAGAAUUCAAAUGUACCAGAAAAUAGCUCUCACCGCCAUUACACUUAUCCUGUGCUUGGCUACAUUACUCCCUGGAAUUCUCGGGGUUAUGAACUGGCAAAAAGGUUCAACUCAAAGUUUACACAUUUGUCACCUGUCUGGUAUGAUUUAAAGAGCCAACAGAGUAGCUUAGUUCUAGAGGGGAGACAUAAUGCAGACAGAGGAUGGAUCUCAGACCUUAGAAAGGCAGGAGAAGCCUUGAUCUUGCCAAGAUUUGUUCUGGAAGCAUCACCAGCAGAGCUUCUGGGAAAGAAAAAACAAAGGAACAAAGCCAUUAACCUUAUAGUGACAGAGUGCAAGGAAAUGGGAUAUGAUGGUAUUGUUUUAGAAUCUUGGUCAAGGUGGGCAGCCUUUGGUAUCUUGCAUGAUCCAGACAUGCGGAAUUUGGCACUGCAGUUUGUACAACAGCUUGGAGAUGCACUCCAUUCUAUAAGCUCUGAGAAAAAUUCUGGGCAGCCUUUGCAGUUGGUAUAUGUUAUAGGUCCGCCAUCAUCUGAGAAGCUGCAAGAGCAUGACUUUGGUCCAAGAGAUCUUGAGACUCUAAGUGGAGCUGUGGAUGGAUUCUCGUUAAUGACAUACGACUUCUCUAAUCCUCAUAACCCUGGUCCUAAUGCACCGUUGAAAUGGAUUCAAAUUAUUCUACAGCUGCUUCUUGGGACCUCUAGCAGUAGAGCCCAAAGCGUCGCCCCCAAGAUACUUCUUGGCAUCAACUUCUAUGGAAACGAUUUCUCCCUUUCAAAGGAUUCAGGUGGCGGGGCAAUUACUGGGAGGGAUUACUUGGCACUUUUAGAGAAGCACAGGCCGCUUCUGCAGUGGGAUAAUAACAGUGGGGAGCAUGUUUUCUUUUACACCGACGACAAGGGCAUCAAGCAUGCGGUAUUCUACCCAUCUUUAAAGUCGAUUUCCUUGCGGUUAGAGGAAGCUCAUUCAUGGGGAUGUGGCAUCUCAAUCUGGGAAAUUGGACAAGGCUUGGAUUAUUUUUUUGACCUUCUGUGAAAGCCCUUCGUGUACCGCUAUUUAUGCCCCCUUUGAAUGUUUAUUCAUACCUGUUCUUAUCCUGUAUUUGAGAUUGAUAAAAGGGGAUUUUGUUUUAUCAAUCUAGCUUAACGAAUGCUCAGUUAGUACAGAGUAAGCCUAGAGGAAACGAAAUCGAGAAUAGAAUUCUGAUUCUGAGUGAUUGAAGUGUGUGUGAGCUCUCAUGAGCUCAUAUACAUAGGUGAAGCAAAGAGCAUGGAUCAAUCUUCAGUAAAUGUCCUUUGGAGAGCAUUCAUGACGUGAUUUGAGCUUUGAAUUUAAUUUCCUGUGAUUCUUAAACAA